UUUAAAUUGAUACGAAAGUGAGACUUAAAGUUCAUAUUGUGCAUACUCAAAACAAAAAUGGCUGACGAGGUAAAGCAAGCUCAUCAGGCAAAGCCGGGUGGUGAUACCAUCUUUGGCAAGAUACUGAGGAGGGAAAUACCAACACCAUACAUUUACGAAGAUGAUAAAUGCGUAGCUUUCAUGGACAUUAGUCCCCAGGCACCAACUCAUUUCCUUGUGAUUCCACGGAAACCGAUACAAUGUCUAGACGAAGCACAGGAUGAGGAUGAAACGCUCCUUGGUCACCUGCUCCUGGUUGCCAAGAAAGUUGCUAAGGAACAAGGCCUUGACAACGGUUACCGGGUGGUGAUGAACAAUGGAGCGGAUGGUGCCCAGUCUGUGUUCCACAUCCACCUACAUGUGAUGGGAGGCAGACAGAUGGAAUGGCCGCCAGGCUAAGUUUAGAACUGAGGAAGAAAGUUACCCAGUACCGUUUUAGCUUCAUUAUGGGAGAAAAGAUUGUUAUCGUGAAGUUUCCUCAUUGUUGAACUAUGAAGAAUUGCAGGAAAAUCAUGUUAAAUAUUGUAGUAGUUGUUAUAAUGUAUCCAAAUGUGAAAUUAAAAUUAAUACAUAAUUUUACUAAUUUUGCUUUGCUUCUAAUAAAAUUAGCGGUGUGCAAAAAAUUA